CCUAGUUACUAUAACUUAAAAAAAGGCCUGUCUCUCUUCCUCCACCUCUCAUCUGUUGCCAUUCUUCCUCUUCUCUAUCCACUCGUAGUACUGCUACUAUUCUUGCUUUCUCUCCCUAUCUCCUCCAUCCGUGGCUGUCGGAGCACCGCUGGGACAUGGCUGGGAAGCGGAAAUCGACGGCCUCUUCUGGAGCAGCUUCCUCUAAGAAGUCAAAAAGAGUAAAAGCUGAGGAGGAAUCAUUUCCGGAAGAAGUGGAUCAGGUGGAUGAGGUAGGGGCUAGGCUGAGCUCUGCUGUGGUGUCUAAUUCCGAGAGAAAUGUUACGGGGAUAAAGGAGAACGAGAAUGGCAGUGCAUCUGAUAUAAAAUCUGCUAUUGAAGAGAAGUUGAGGAAAAAUGUGAGUGGUCCUGGUGGAGAUAACGAGGAAGAUGGACCUGAAGCUAGGUAUAUUGGCGAUCCUUUCUCUGAUGAAGAGGCUAGGAGACGGUGGCCUAAUAGAUAUGCGAAGAAGACAAAUAAACACGUGACUACAAAAAGUUCAAAUGUUAAGGAUGAUUCUGACGAUGUAAUUCUAGCUCGCUGCCAUUAUCGACAAGCUGAGGUUGAUGGGCACAACAUCUACAAUCUCUAUGAUGAUGCUCAUGUCAAAGCAGCAGAUGGGGAGGACAGCUACAUAUGCAAAAUUGUGGAGAUGUUUGAGGCUAUUGAUGGGAACCUAUACUUUACUGCCCAAUGGUUUUACAGGGCUAGGGAUACUGCAAUCAAGCAUGCCUAUCAGAUGGAGCAAAAGCGCGUUUUCUUUUCAGAAAUUCGGGAUGACAAUCCACUGGAUUGUCUUGUUGAAAAGCUGAACAUUGCCAAGUUGCCUUUGAAUGUGGAUUUAGAGGCAAAGGAAGCAGCAAUCAAAUCUUGCGACUAUUUCUGUGAUAUGCUCUACUUACUUCCUUAUUCCACCUUUGUUAAAUUACCAUCAGAAAACACAACCGCAAGCAAUGAGAGUUCAUCUACACUAUCCAGUGACAAUGAAAUGAAUGAGUUGAAGUCUGCCAAUGAUGUUUAUAAUAAAUCAGAGGUGACAUUGUUAGAUUUGUAUUCUGGUUGCGGUGCUAUGUCAACAGGCCUAUGCCUUGGUGCCAAAUUGUCUGGUUUAAAUCUUAUUACUAAAUGGGCAGUUGACUUGAAUAAAUAUGCCUGUGAAAGUCUGAAAUUAAAUCACCCUGAGACAGAGGUGAGGAAUGAAACUGCAGAAGAUUUUUUAUUAUUGCUAAAAGAAUGGGAGAAGCUCUGCAUCAGGUUUUCACUUAUAAGUAGCACAGAUCCAGAAAAGCAGCAAUCUUAUUCUUUUGAUCUAGAAGAAGAAGACAGUGAUGCUCAAGAUAAUGAUGACGAUGAUGAUGGAGAUGAUGGUGAAGUUUUUGAAGUAGAAAAGGUGCUCCAAAUUUGCUACGGUGACCCAAAGGAGAAAGGGGAGCAUGGAUUGUACUUUAAGGUUAGCUGGAAGGGUUAUGGUCCAGAAUAUGACACAUGGGAACCAAUUGACGGUUUGAGUUAUUGUCAGGAAGCUAUAAAGAAAUUCGUUGCUGAUGGGUAUAAAUCAAGUAUUCUACCAUUGCCUGGAGCUGUACAUGUAAUUUGUGGAGGGCCGCCAUGCCAGGGCAUUAGCGGAUUCAACCGUUUUAGAAACAAAAAUGAUCCUUUGCAAGACGAAAAGAACAAGCAGCUCUUAGUUUUCAUGGAUGUUGUAAAGUAUUUAAAGCCAAAGUUUGUUUUGAUGGAGAAUGUUGUGGAUCUUCUGAAGUUUGCUGAUGGAUUUUUGGGGCGAUAUGCCAUGGCUCGGCUUAUUGAAAUGAACUAUCAAACAAGAAUUGGCAUGAUGGCUGCUGGGGCAUAUGGGCUUCCUCAGUUUCGGAUGCGUUGUUUUCUUUGGGGUGCCCAACCUGCUGAGAAGCUACCACAGUAUCCGCUUCCAACACAUGAUGUUAUUGUGAGAGGUGUAGUGCCUGUUGAGUUUGAGAGUAAUGUUGUUGCUUAUGACGAGGGCUCUGUUGCUCAAUUGGAAAAGAAGCUGUUGUUGGAGGAUGCAAUUUCUGACCUCCCAGCAAUUGAGAACAAUGAACAUCGUGAUGAAAUGCCUUAUGGUAAUGAUCCUAUAACAGACUUUCAGCGGCAGAUUAGAUUAAGAAAAGAUGAAUUGUUGGAUUCUUCAUUGAAGUCCAAAUCAUCAGAAAAUUUGCUCUAUGAUCAUCGUCCACUUGAGCUGAAUAAUGAUGAUUAUCAACGUGCUUGCCGUAUACCAAAGAAAAAGGGUGCAAACUUCAGAGAUCUACCAGGUGUUCGUGUGCGUCCUGAUAACAAAGUUGAAUGGGAUCCUAGUGUGAAAAGGGUUUAUCUUAAAUCAGGAAAGCCUUUGGUCCCUGAUUAUGCCAUGACUUUUGUGAACGGGUCAUCAUCAAAACCUUUUGCCCGUCUUUGGUGGGAUGAGACUGUGCCGACAGUUGUUACAAGGGCUGAGCCUCACAAUCAGGCAAUUUUGCAUCCUGUACAAGACCGAGUUUUAUCUGUUCGUGAAAAUGCUAGACUCCAAGGUUUUCCUGAUUACUAUAAACUCUGUGGGCCUAUAAAAGAAAGAUAUAUUCAAGUGGGAAAUGCUGUUGCUGUUCCGGUUUCUAGGGCACUCGGAUAUGCACUAGGUUUGGCAUUUCAGGGUUCUGCAGGUAAUGACCCUUUGUUUACACUGCCAAAGAAAUUCCCAAAUCUUACAGAACAGGUUUCUUCAGCAUCGUCAGAAGACAAUGCUUGAUUAUUGUGUGGCAAAGAUAGAAACAUGACAUUCAUUCCUUUUGCCAGAUUAUUUUCUCCAUAGAAACAAUUGUACCAUAUAUAUAACAUUCUUCAUAAAAUGUUGUAUUGAAUAUUAGAGGCAUCAAGUUAAGCCUUUUAAAUUGUUUCACAUGGUUAGGACUUAGGGGGAGAGCUAAUUUUGUUGUAGAAUGCUUUUAUUGAUUGCGGUUAAAGCCUAAGGAAUUGACAUGUAAUUUGCUUCUAUUGUCAUGGUUUCUAAUUGAAAAUCAAAUUAAAUCAAUCCAUUUUUGGUUUUUA